GUUGGUGGCUCCAUCGACGCCCCGACAGAUAAGCACGACAACAUCGAGGACUUUUAGCUAAUAAAAACAGAGUAUCCCCGAAAUAACUCCGCAUUUACAGGGUUAUUUACAGGGUUAUUUUUACAGGGGAAUUACCCCUGUAAAUUAAUCAGCAUGAUGGGGGGUUUGACGUAUUAUAACUAUCCUUCGGAUAGGGACAAAUCUGUACAUACCCCCAAUAUCCCCUAUACAUUCGAGACCGAGAAUCAAGCGCGAAUAUGCCGGGCCUCAUCCAGCAAUCGCCCUUUAGGACUAUUACGGUCCGGGAGUUACAUCCCACUUACGCCGCCGAAGUUACCGGUGUCAACUUCCAAGAUCUUUCCGAGGAGCAGUUCCAGGAGAUCAAUGCUGCCAUGGCUAAGUACGGCGUCUGCGUAUUCCGCAACACAGGGCUGGAUGACACCGCCCACGUCAAAUUCUCAGAGCGCUUCGGCGACCUUGACAACAUCAGGCGGUACCUGAAGGGUGGACGCAAGCCGCGCUAUGAGCACUUGGAGCUGUUCGACGCGGGCAACAUCGACGGCGAGACAAACUCGAUCCUCGACCCUGACAGCCCGAAGGCACACUCGAACCGCGGCAAUGGCCUCUUCCACUCCGACUCGUCCUUCAACCCGCGCCGCGCUUCCUUCUCGCUGCUGCGCGCCGUCGAGCUGCCGCCGCGCAGCACCGGCGGCAACACCGACUUCGCCGACUCGCGCACCGCCUUCGACGAGCUGCCCGAGGACCUCAAGGCCGAGCUGCUCGCGCACGACUACGUCGGGGCGCACUCGAUGGCGCACUCGCGCAAGCUCGGCUCGCCCGAGUUCUUUAAGGACAUGGAGGUCGACAGUACACCCAUGUUCCGCCACCGCAUCGUUCAGCUGCACGAGCCGAGCGGCCGCAUGAACCUCUACAUCGGCGCCCACCUCCACCACAUCGAGGAGAACGGCAAGCAGAUCCCCGGCUCCUGGGACCUCGUCCAGCGCCUCAACCAGCACGCCACCCAGAAGAAGUACCUCGCCGUCGUCCAGUGGGACAGCCCCGGAGACCUCGUCAUCUGGGACAACCGGUCGGUGCUCCACCGCGCCGGCGCCUUCCAGGGCGGCUACCGCCGCGACCUACGCCGCACGACAGUGCACGACGACAGCCCUACGGCCUGGGGCCUAAACGAGGUGAGCACGGCCGAAUGGUGCGCCUUCAACGUCAACGACGCCAAGGAAGAGAUGGUCAAGAGCCCCGUGUAAGCGAGACGGGUCGCGAGGGCAGCCUUCUCACCAGAUGAACUAAACGUAGGUACAUACCAACCUAGCGAAGCCGAGAU